AUCAGGAAUUUCACCGUCCCAUGGACUCUCUUUCUAUAAAAGCUCACCACCUCUGUUCCUCCCGAAUCUCCCUCACCCUCUCACAAACUCUUUGCGGCCAUACCUUUUCUUGCUUCCUAUAAUUUUCCAAUUAUAUUAGAUUUCUUUGUUCAGAGACAAACAACAACUUCAACCAUGCUUGUCUACCAGGAUCUUCUUACAGGUGAUGAACUUCUCUCUGACUCGUUUCCUUACAAGGAAAUCGAGAAUGGAAUGCUGUGGGAAGUGGAUGGAAAGUGGGUUGUUCAAGGAGCACUCAAUGUAGAUAUUGGUGCUAACCCUUCUGCAGAAGGUGGAGAGGAGGAUGAGGGUGUUGAUGAUCAAGCUGUUAAAGUAGUUGAUAUUGUUGACACUUUUAGGCUUCAGGAGCAACCAGCUUUUGAUAAGAAGCAAUUUGUUACUUAUAUGAAGAGAUAUAUUAAGUUGCUGACACCAAAAUUAGAGCCAGAGAAGCAAGACUUGUUUAAGAAGAACAUCGAGGGAGCAACUAAGUUCCUACUCUCGAAGCUCAGUGACCUUCAAUUUUUUGUGGGGGAGAGUAUGCACGAUGAUGGCACUCUUGUGUUUGCUUACUACAAGGAAGGUGCUACUGAUCCAACUUUUAUCUACUUUGCAUAUGGGUUGAAGGAAAUCAAGUGCUGAGCACAUGGCUUCAGGCUUUGAGACCGCACUGGCAGACCCUGUAGUUGUGUGAUAUUUGAGCUGAAAAACUCUUUUCUUAAUUUUUAGUCCUUGUGUUUCUAAAUUUUCAUUAGUUCAGUAUGUUAUUAGACGAGGUUGUUUCAGGAGUUUUCUUUUCUUGUGUUUUUUUUUUUAAUUUGUUAUUUGAGGAGCUUGUUAUCAUAUGACAAUUGAACCGAGUAAUGUGUUUUAGUUAUGUCUUUGUGGUUCUA